AUGCCACGGAGGAGAGUGGGAGCUUCGGGGAGGUUUGGGGAGAAGGGAGCGGGAGGCCCAUUCAUUAUCUUGGAACACGGCAGCCGGGGGCUUCGGGCGGCACCGUGGGAUGGCUUGCCAUGCCAAGCUCAGGUGGAACCGGGCUCAGGGCUGGCAGCCAGGUGGUCUGGAGGCCCGCCAGGAGCAGGGCUGUCCAGAUUGGCCUGGGCCUGGCUGGCUUGUGCCAGUCCACCUGGUGCCAGCUUGGGCGGCCGCCGAGGGCACCCCUGCCUGGCUGGGCCUGGCCUGGAGGACCCUGGCCCGAGAGAGCCCAGGCUCCGCUUACCCACCGUCCUAGGCUGGCACCGCUGUGUCCUGUCUUGUCCUUUAGGAACAGCGGCCUUUGGAGGGCACCGCUGGGGCUUGCGGGCAGCAGGGGCAGCGUUCGGGGCUGGUCCCCUACAGCAGAGGCCACCUGCCGCAUGGCUCAGUUAUCAGCCUCCUGUGCCCACAGGCCCUGAGGCUCCCAUGCCAGCAGGGCAGAGAGGGCGACUGAGUCAAAUCCAGGCUGACCCCAGCCCACUUGUGUUCCCCAAACGCCUGCCUGACCGGAGGCUCGGGUACCCUACAGCCUUCUCAGGAAACAUCAGGGGACCUCACAUGGCCUUCAUCCACACAGUACCCCCCGUCCAGCCCUGCCAGAGGCAUGUGGCAUAGGGCAGAUUUUGCCCCCAGCCAGCUACGUGGCCUUGGACAAGCCGCGUCGUCUUUUGGAGCCAUAAUCCUGAGAAUCGUCAGGUGUCACUGCAGAGAGCGUACGUGACGGGCCCCAGAGUAGA